UCGCGCCACUCCAAGCUGGAGAAGGCCGACAUCCUGGAGAUGACCGUGAAGCACCUGCGGAGCCUGCAGCGCGCGCAGAUGACCGCUGCGCUGAGCACCGACCCCACGGUGCUGGGCAAGUACCGCGCCGGCUUCAGCGAGUGCAUGAACGAGGUGACACGGUUCCUCUCGACCUGCGAGGGUGUCAACACGGAGGUGCGCACUCGGCUCCUGGGCCACCUGGCCAGCUGCAUGACCCAGAUCAACGCCAUGAACUACCCGGCGCCCCCACCGCCGCCACCGCUGCCGCCGGCCGCAGCCUUCGGGCCCCCACUGGUGCCGCCGGGCGGCGCGGCGCCGCUCCCGGGCAUGCCCUGCAAGCCGGGCGCCGACGCGGCCAAGGUGUACGGCGGCUUCCAGCUGCUGCCAGCCUCUGACGGGCAGUUCGCCUUCCUCAUCCCGAGCAGCGCCUUUGGGCCUGGCGGGGCCGUGCUGCCCCUGUACGGCGGCCCAGCCACGGCCGCCUCGCCGCCUGGCCCGCCACCYGGCACAGCCGACUCGGUCUGGAGACCGUGGUGAGGGUGGUGGGCACUGGACUGGACUGAGCACUGCACCCCGUGCUGCUGGCACGGCUGUACAUAGGUUAUAUGUUCAUAUUGGAUUGUGCCUUUGUACCAUAGCACUCCCUUGACAGCGUUUCGUGUUUUACACGAGAUCUAUCUCUUCUUCCCCUUGUUCUCCUUCCUUAUGUGACACCAAAGAUCGAGGUUUUUUUUUUUGAAUGCUCUUAAAAAA